AUGAGGGAUUAUAUAAAUAAUGUAAUGACACAAGUUUCCUCCUGUCGCUGGGGUGAGCUCACGGAGGCCAGGGUGGAAAAUCGUGCUUUAAGGUUACGUGAGGCUAUGCAACAAUACCAAGAUGAGACAGUGCCCUCGGCAUCGGCCUUAAGGCAACAAACACAACAGCAGGCAUUGCUGCAGGAUACAGCAAAUCAGCCACUGCACUAUGGACCACAACAGAAUACGAAUGGCUUGCAUGUCAAUGUCAUAGAAUCUAGCGAUGAUCCUGGCGGAUUGCAUACACGUAUCGGUGGUUUAGGCCUGAACGGUUUAUCACCACAAGAGGAGACAUCACGCCUCAUUAUUUCGAGUGGUUUGGCAGCAUCGCCAAAUGGAGCAGCAGUUGCCGCGGGCGGUGUUGUCGGUAAUAAUGGUGAUUGGGAAUAUUUCGAUGAGGCUGGGUAUAUACGUGGUGGUGCAUUACGUACCGGAGAAGAUCCGUAUAUACGCAAUCGUUUCAAUCAGGAGGCAAGUGAUGCAUUGCCAAGUAAUCGUGAAAUUCCCGAUACAAGACAUCCAAUGUGCCGUAACAAAUCAUAUCGCAAGGAUUUGCCAGAGACCAGUGUGAUUAUAACAUUCCACAAUGAGGCUAGAUCCACAUUGUUGCGGACCAUUGUGAGUGUGCUUAAUCGCAGUCCGGAACAUUUAAUACGUGAAAUAAUUUUGGUGGAUGACUUCAGUGAUCAUCCUGAGGAUGGCCAAGAAUUGGCGAAAAUCGAUAAGGUACGCAUAAUACGCAAUGACAAACGUGAGGGUUUGGUGCGCUCACGGGUACGUGGUGCCGAUGCUGCGGUCUCUGAAGUUCUCACCUUCCUCGACAGCCAUGUCGAGUGCAACGAACAGUGGUUGGAACCUUUGCUCGAACGUGUCAAAGAGGAUCCCACCCGCGUCGUCUGCCCUGUCAUUGAUGUCAUCAGCAUGGAUAAUUUUCAAUAUAUUGGUGCAUCGGCCGAUUUACGUGGCGGUUUCGAUUGGAAUCUCAUAUUCAAAUGGGAAUAUUUGAGUCCGGCCGAGCGAACGGCACGUCAACAUGAUCCGACCACAGCCAUUCGCACCCCCAUGAUUGCCGGUGGUCUGUUCGUUAUCAAUCGGGCCUAUUUCAAUAAACUGGGCAAAUACGACAUGAAAAUGGAUGUGUGGGGUGGUGAGAAUCUGGAAAUCUCAUUCCGGGUGUGGCAGUGCGGUGGCAGCCUGGAAAUUAUACCAUGCAGUCGGGUGGGCCAUGUGUUCCGCAAACGUCAUCCGUACACAUUCCCCGGUGGCAGUGGCAAUGUGUUUGCACGCAACACACGACGUGCCGCUGAAGUGUGGAUGGAUGAUUACAAGCAAUACUAUUAUGCCGCAGUGCCGUUGGCCAAGAAUAUUCCAUUUGGCAACAUCGACGACCGUUUGGCUCUCAAGGAAAAAUUGCACUGUAAACCAUUCAAAUGGUACUUAGAAAAUGUUUAUCCUGAUUUACAAGUUCCUGAUUCAUAUGAAUUUGGCCAAUUUCGCCAAGGUGAUUUCUGUUUGGAUACCAUGGGAAAUUUGGCGGAUGGCACAGUUGGUCUCUUCCAGUGCCACAAUACUGGCGGCAAUCAGGAGUGGGCCUACACCAAACGCCAACAAAUAAAACACGAUGAUCUCUGCUUAACACUGGUGCAAUUCUCACGCGGCUCACAGGUCAUCAUGAAACUAUGCGACGAUUCGGAAAAUCAAAAAUGGGUGCUGCGUGAAGGCGGUUUUAUACGGCAUCACAAAUUGAAUGUCUGCCUGGAUUCGAGGGAUCACACACAGGUCGGUAUCUCGGCCCAGCGAUGCAAUUCGGCAUUGGAGACCCAACGAUGGUUGUUUACCACAACAAAAGCGUGAGGACGACGACAACAGCAUCAACAC